AUGGACUAUUUUGAUGAUGAGCCUCUUGAGUCUGAGACCAAAGAUGAGACAGAAACCACACCAUCACUGCAGAACAGUGAUGACAUCCUCUACUGCGAAGCCGAGGCCCCUCCCAGUGUUGAGAAAGAGAAACCCACCAGGGAGGACUCAGAAACCGACUUGGAAAUUGAAGACACAGAGAAAUUCCUCACCAUCGGACAGAAGGAACUGUACCUGGAGGCCUGCAAAUUGGUGGGCGUAGUGCCUGUCUCCUACUUCAUCCGGAACAUGGAGGAGUCCUGCAUGAACCUCAACCAUCAUGGGCUGGGCCCCAAGGGUACCAAGGCCAUUGCUAUAACUCUGGUGUCCAACACAACAAUCCUCAAACUGGAGCUGGAAGACAACGCCAUCAUGGAGGAAGGCGUCUUGAGUCUGAUGGAGAUGCUCCAUGAGAAUUACUACCUCCAGGAGCUGAACAUGUCUGACAAUAACCUUGGUUUGGAGGGAGCCAGGAUCAUCUCAGACUUCCUCCAGGAAAACAAUUCUUCACUCUGGAAACUGAAACUUUCAGGAAACAACUUCAAGGAGGAAUCUGCCGCGCUUCUAUGCCAAGCCCUGUCGUCCAAUUACCGAAUUAGGUCACUGAACCUCAGCCACAACCAAUUCUCUGACAUAGGAGGGGAACAUCUGGGACAGAUGCUAGCCCUCAAUGUAGGGCUCCAGUCGCUGAACCUAAGCUGGAAUCACUUCCACAUUCGGGCAGCUGUGGCCCUGUGUAACGGUCUCCGGUCUAACGUGACCCUGAAGAAACUGGACGUGUCCAUGAAUGGCUUUGGGAACGAAGGAGCUCUGGCCCUGGGGGAUGUCCUCAGACUCAACAGCUGUCUGGUCUACAUAGACGUCAGCAGCAAUGGCAUCACCAAUGAGGGCGCCUCCAGAAUCAGCAAGGGACUAGAAGUCAACGAGAGCCUCCAAGUGCUGAAGCUUUUCCUGAACCCUAUGAGUAUGGAGGGGGCAGUUUUUCUCAUCAUGUCCAUCAAGAGGAACCCCAAAUCCAGGAUGGAAGAGCUUGACAUUUCUAACAUUCUGGUAACAGAGCAAUUUGUGAAAGUCCUGGAUGGGGUCUGUGCCAUUCACCCCCAGCUGGAUGUGAUAUACAAGGGAUUGCAGGGUCUCUCCAGCAAGAAAACCGCCUCUCUGUGGACCAACCCCAUGAAACUGAUCCAGAACUACACAGACCAACAGAAGAUCUCAACUGUGGAGUUCUUCAGGAGCUUGAAUCCAGCGGGAUCAAUGAUAAUGCCUGUGGGGGACUUUCGGAAAGCCAUAAUACAGCAAAACAAGGUCCCCAUCAACCGGUACCAGGUCAGGGAGCUCCUAAAGAAACUGGAAGAGAAGAAGGGCAUGGUGGACUUCAGCUGCCUUACAUAGCAAGACUGGAACAAGACACUGGGACCCGUGCCUGAGGAACGCCAGCCCACGUGACAAAGGGACAAUGUUUGGGCCUCCAAGGCGCCUGUCAGAGACAGAAGCCCGCAAGAACUGGCCUCAUCCCUGAGAGUCCUGCUGAGACGCCACCUCUCCGUGUUGUGUUCUACUUUGCCCAGCAGGCGACGCUCUGACCUUACAAGUCCUCCAUU